AGAAUUCAUCGUGCCGAUUCUGAUCGACACGCACGGCGUCAGAUCCCGCGCUGAAUUGAAGCGGAAGCAACGAGAGAGAGAGAGAGAUCUUCUUCUUCGACGGAACGCCCGCAGAGCUUCGCAGUUCAGAUCCCAGAUUCGAUCAUGGAGGCCUCCCAGGGCGGCGGCGGCGCCGCCGGCGAGAGGGACAAAUCGUCGCCGAUCACCGUCGUCUCGAGCUUCUGGAAAGAGUUUGAUCUUGAGAAGGAGAAGAGCGUAUUGGAUGAGCAAGGGCUGAGGAUUGCUGAGAAUCAAGAGAACAGUCAGAAGAAUCGACGCAAGCUUGCAGAGAGCACUAGAGACUUCAAGAAAGCUUCUCCAGAGGAAAAGCUAAAUUUGUUCAACUCCUUGCUCAAGGGAUAUCAAGAAGAAGUUGAUAAUCUUACCAAAAGAGCCAAAUUUGGAGAAAAUGCUUUUCUUAACAUAUACCAAAAACUAUAUGAGGCUCCAGAUCCUUAUCCUGCUCUUGCUUCAGUUACCGAACAAGACUUGAAAUUUUCGGAAUUAGAAGCCGAGAAUCGGAAGAUGAAAGUUGAGCUUGAGGAGUUCCGGACAGAAGCUGCUCAUUUAAAGAAUCAACAAGCGACAAUUAGAAGACUUGAAGAGCGUAAUCGCCAGUUAGAGCUGCAGAUGGAGGAAAAAGUGAAGGAAAUUGUGGAAAUUAACAAACGCAACUUGGCUGAGGAGAAUCAAAAAACCCUUGAAGUCUUAAAGGAAAGGGAGCAAUUACUGCAAGAUCAACUGAGACAAGCCAGAGAAAGUGCUUCCAAUAUACAAAAGUUGCAUGAUCUUGCACAGAGUCAAUUGUUUGAACUUCGUGCUCAAUCAGAUGAAGAUCGAGCAGCAAAGCAGUCAGAGGUCACUCUUUUGAUGGAUGAAGUUGAAAGGGCCCAAACACGGCUUCUUAGUCUUGAAAGGGAAAAGGAACUUCUGCGAUCUCAAGUUCAAUCAGCACAUGAUGAACCUGGAUCUAAGAAUAGUGACAGUUUGGACUCAACCAGUAUCCUUGAGAAUUCUUUGAGUGCCAAAGAGAAGAUUAUUUCUGAGCUGAAUAUGGAACUUCACAAUAUCGAGACCACUUUGUCUGCCGAGCGUGAACAGUACAUGGAUGAGAUUAAGAAAUUGAAUGCAGCUCUAAUUGAAAAGGAUCAAGCUCUUGAGGAGAUGAAGAAAGAACUUAAAGCCAGGCCAACGGCAAAGUUGGUUGAUGAUUUGCGCAAAAAAGUGAAGAUUUUACAGGCAGUGGGUUAUAAUUCAAUUGAGGCUGAGGAUUGGGAAGUAGCUACUAGUGGGGAAGAGAUGAGCAAAAUGGAGUCUCUUCUUCUUGACAAGAACAAGAGGAUGGAACAUCAACUUACCCAGUUAAAGGUCAAACUUUCGGAGAGAACGUCUUCGCUAGAAGCUGCUGUAGGCAAGGUCACAGAACUUGCAGCAAAGGUUAAUGAGCAACAGAAAUUAAUCCAGAAGUUGGAGGAUGAUAUUUUGAAGGGUUAUAGUUCCAGAGAUCGUAAGGGCUCUUUAUUUGAUGAAUGGGAUCUUUCAGAGGCAGGUGCAAGUCAGCAAUCUGAGCAGGGUGCCGAACGCAUUUCGCCAGAUCAGGAGCAAAGCUCAAUGCUAAAGGUGAUCAUCAAUCAGAGAGACCGAUUUAGAGCGCGAUUGCGAGAGACAGAAGAGGAAACAAGGCAGUUGAAGGAGAAGAUAAGCAUGCUAACAGUGGAACUGGAGAAAACAAAAGCUGAUAAUGUCAAACUCUACGGGAAGAUCCGAUAUGUCCAAGAUUACAAUCUCGAGAAAGUGGUUUCUAGAGGAUCAAAGAAGCACUCUGAAGAUCUUGAAAGUGGUUUCAGCUCAGAUGUUGAAUCCAAGUAUAAGAAGAUAUAUGAGGAUGACAUCAACCCAUUUGCAGCAUUUUCAAAAAAGGAAAGGGAUCAAAGAUACAAAGAAUUGGGUUUCAGGGAUAAAAUUACCCUUAGCAGUGGACGGUUCCUUCUGGGAAACAAGUACGCCCGAACUUUUGCGUUCUUCUACACUAUUGGGUUGCAUGCUCUGGUCUUCAUCUGCCUCUACCGGAUGUCCGCUUUGAGCCAUCUCAGCAAUGGCCCCGAAGAAACUCUAAUUGGAGACAAGAUUCAGAACCUUCCCCAUGCACUGUAGUCCCCGUUUACGUUCACUGUCACUAGGUUUUUACCUAUUUCCUGUGGGCUCAAGAAUGAACAGAAAAUUUUUCCAUACCUGGUGUAUAUAACAGGAAACACCUUCGAUUUUUCUUUUCCCUUUAAAGUUCCAUUGUUCUGCUUCACUUGGGUCACCUGGAGAUGUAAUUAUAUUCGAGUGAUUAACAUGAGGCAUAGCAGAUGUGGAUAAUUGCAGAGGAAAAUGAAUCGGAGGGAAAAAAGAGAAACGACUCAAAAAUGAUAUGAAGGUGGAAUAUCAAAGUUGGAAGAGAUUUGCUUGUUUUUUUUUA